AUGUCUUCAUCUUGGCAAGCUCAAGCAACAGAAAGGGCUUCUUUAAUCCUAGAGAAAAUCCCUCAUCAAUGGAGACUCUCGUCAAAUGAAAUUGCAUAUGCAAGAGCCCAGCGAAAUAUUACAUCAUCUAUCAUUUGCAAAUAUCUAGAUCGAUUCGAGCAAGAAGUCUUGAGUCAUGAUCCAAUUUCUAUGGUAAGGAAGCUUAGAAGUGGAGAGUGGGCAGCGGUUCAAUGUGUUCUGGCUUCUUGCAAAAUUGCUUGCAUUGCUCACCAAAUUAAUCCUUGCUUGCUUAACAUAAUGAUAUCUGAAGCAGUGGAAAAAGCGAGAGGUUUAGAUGAAUCCUUUAAAAAUGAGGCGGGGUCUAUCAAAGGGCCUCUUCACGGUCUUCCAAUCAGCGUCAAAGAUCAAUUCCAUAUAAAGGGGUCGGAUACGACCAUGGGCUAUGUUGGAUGGAUCGGUACUUUUGAGGGAGAUAGCAAUAGCAAUAAGGUGGGUAUGGUAGAUAGCCAGAUCAUCUCUGAAUUAGAGGAGCAAGGUGCGGUAGUCUUCUGUAAAACCAGCUUGCCACAAACCGUUCUCUAUGACGAAACUAUCAAUAAUAUCAUAGGCCAGACACUCAAUCCAGUCAAUCGACUUCUCUCCUGCGGUGGUUCUUCUGGGGGUGAAGCCGCGCUCAUCUCGAUGGGUGGAAGUUCAUUGGGUAUAGGUACUGAUAUUGGUAUCUACACCGUUCUACAUACCGUUAGUCCAACAAUUGACUUCAGCAUAGCCGGUUCCAUUCGUGUACCAGCUGCAUUCUGUGGUAUUUACGGCAUUAAGCCAACUCAUAAUAGAUUCUCUUACCGAGAGGUUGCCAAUACUAAUCCUGGGCAAACACUAAUCCCCUCCUCAGUUGGAUUCCUUUCACGUUCGCUCGAAAGCCUAGAGUUAGUCAUGAGCAGCCUUUUGUGCACAUCACCUUGGCUCCGCGAUCCAGCUGUCGUUCCAAUACCCUGGCGUAAAGAGAAUCAACCUGAGGCCGGGAACAGGCUCAAGUUUGGCAUUUUCUGGUGGGAUGGAAUGAUUCAACCUCAUCCGCCUGUUACACGGGCAUUAAAAAUGGUUGUAGCUGCUUUGAAGAAUGCAGGACAUGAGGUCAUAGAUUGGUGUCCACCAUCUCAUAGUAUACCCGAGCGACUUCACCCAGCAAUAAUGAAUGCAGAUGGAUCCCGUCAUAUUCAAAAACAGCUAGCAUUAUCCGGGGAGCCAUUAAUCAAUGAUUUACAAAACUUUUACACAUUAAAACCACCAAUGUCUCUUCUCGAAUAUCAAGAUCGAGCACUACAACUCCGAGAUUAUAGACAGGCUUACUCUGAUUAUUGGAAUAGUACAGCAGAUGCAGAUGGGAAUGUGGUGGAUGCAGUAAUAAUGCCCGCAGCUCCCCAUGCUGCUGUUAUACCUGGAAAUUGGGAACAUCUCGCUUACACGGAAGUUCUCAAUCUUUUGGAUUAUACGGCGUUGGUUAUUCCAAUCACUCAUGCGGACAAGGAUGUGGAUGAACAUCAUGUUUAUGUACCGGUCAGUGAGAAGGAUUUGAGGACUUGGACGGCGUAUGAUAAAGAGAUAUAUGAGGGUGCACCUGUUGGGAUACAGAUUGUGGGGAGAGUGUGUGAGGAGGAGAAGAUUAUUGGGGUGGCGAAGAUUGUCGAGGAGGCUUUGGGGAAGUGA